AGCCCCUCUGCCAGCCCAGAGGCGGUGCUCUAGCCCACGGAGUUGGCUGGCUCUUUCGCCAGCCCCAAGUCUGGCUGUACCUGAAGCGGGCUGGGAAUUCCGGACUCUCGCACUCCGUAGUCGCAGAGGCACAAGACGUGCUUGGGAGGGAGCCCUUGACCACUUGUCCGUCAUGGACCUCGCCCGUACCUGCUCCAGCUUCCAGUCAGACCUGGAUUUCUGUCCUGAUUGCGGCUCAGUCCUGCCUCUGCCAGGAUCUCAGGAUACAGUCACCUGCACUCGCUGUGGCUUCUCCAUCAACGUGCGAGACUUCGAAGGGAAGGUUGUGAAAACCUCAGUCGUGUUACACAAACUAGGGACAACCAUGCCUAUGUCGAUGGAGGAAGGACCUGAAUUCCAGGGACCCGUGGUUGACAGGCGCUGCUCUCGUUGUGGUCAUGAGGGAAUGGCAUACCACACCAGACAGAUGCGUUCAGCCGAUGAAGGGCAGACUGUCUUCUACACCUGUACCAACUGCAAGUUCCAGGAGAAGGAAGACUCUUGAUUUUUUAUUUUCUGGGCAACUCAACUAUCCCUCCCUCUCCUCUUCCUUAGAAGGUGAAGGAUAUUGGGUUCCUAGAUCCUUGUCCAUCCUCUGGUUGCAAUAUUUGCUUCCAGAGGAGAAGCAGAUCAUCAUGUGGGGAUUACCAUUGUGCCCAGAGUGCUCCUAUUCCUAGUUGAGUUUUCCUAUUAAAAUUAUAUUUUUCAAUAAGA